GCAAGCCACGUGCCUGCGGGUGCCCAGCUCCAGGCCAAUGGACAGUGAGGACAGCCCCACCCAUCCCCUUAGGGAAGGCCAGGAUCUGCCUAGGCCCAGGAGGGUGCCCACUGCUGCUGCCCACCCGGUUUUUGUUUGCUCCCAAGACCUGGGCCUUUGGCCACUUGUUCUGUUUGUAAAGUGCCGGCAGGAGAGCCAAAGGGAACUGGGAUCACUCCUGGGAGAGAAGUGAUAUGGGGACUGCAGGUGGGAGCAAGCAGUGGUGCUGGGAGCACCUGGGGGCACCUGUCAGGAAAAGGGAGACAUGUGGGUGCUGCUCCCCAGUCCCCUCCCCCCCCACACCCAGCAGGAGCCCCCAUGUCCCACUGAAGGUGACUGGCUUGGAGGCAGGCAGAGACAAUGCCAUUCUUGUACUUCAAAGACGAAAGCUGUGGCCCUUGACUCCUCCAGCUCCCUGAAAAAAACCUUUUCCCCUCAGGGCUGAGCAGUUUUGGGGAGCGUCAAAGACACUGACCAGGGUCAGUGGGACUCUCCCUAAGGACCCAUGUAGGUCAGAGGAGGAAGGUGGCCUCCUGGGGUAAGGAAGUGACUUAUCCAAGGUCGCUUAGCCAGUAGUAAACUGACUCUGGGGUGAUUUGAGGGAGGGAGACCCAGCUGUCCCAAAGCAGGUUCCCAGUAGAGGCCAUCUGCGCUGCUGUGGAAUCUGCCCCUGGGCGAGGCCUUGUCUCUCCCUCCCAAGGCCAGAAUGUUUAUUGGGCCCCUACUGCAUGUCAGCCCUUGUGCCCCACAUGCUCUCAUUCACCGUCACCACAGCCGAGGGAUUAUCCCGCGCUGUAGACCAGGUGCUGUAGACCGGGAACGAGGCUCAGAGAUGAGAUGGUAUGUUUGAAGUCACAGGGAGUGCGGGCUCAAAGUCAAGCCUGGCUGGCUCCAGAGCCCAGCUCUUGCCCACCCUGCUCUGUCUCCACUGGCUCCAGACCCACCCACACAAUGUUAGGGCUGAGGGGCUGAGCUCUUGGGACUUCCACUUUCAUCCAAUGCCUUGUACAGCUGAGGAGACCCUUGCACAGACAGAAGGGACUGGCUCAAGGUCAUUCAGCAAGAUAGCAGCAGACCUGGGACUCAAGCAGACCUCCUCACUCUACCAGCCUAGGGGGUGCUGUUUGGAGGGGCCAGAAAAGAUGGGGAGCCCUGAGGACGACCUAAUCGGGAUCCCGUUCCCAGACCACAGCAGUGAGCUCCUGAGCUGCCUCAAUGAACAGCGCCAGCUGGGCCACCUCUGCGACCUCACCAUCCGGACGCAGGGCCUUGAAUACCGCACCCACCGUGCUGUGCUGGCCGCCUGCAGCCACUACUUCAAGAAGCUCUUCACUGAGGGCGGUGGCGGAGCCCUCAUGGGGGCUGGGGGCGGCAGUACAGCCGCUGGGGGAGCAGGCACUGGCGUGUGCGAGCUGGACUUUGUGGGGCCGGAGGCGCUGGGUGCCCUGCUCGAGUUUGCCUACACGGCCACACUGACCACCAGCAGCGCCAACAUGCCUGCGGUGCUGCAGGCCGCACGGCUGCUGGAGAUCCCGUGUGUGAUCGCAGCCUGCAUGGAGAUCCUGCAGGGCAGUGGGCUAGAAGCUCCCAGCCCUGAUGAGGACGACUGCGAGCGAGCCCGCCAGUACCUGGAGGCCUUCGCCACGGCCACAGCCUCAGCCUCUGGGGUGCCCAACGGUGAAGACAGCCCGCCGCAGGUGCCCCUCCCGCCCCCGCCCCCGCCCCUGCCCCGGCCAGUGGCCCGCCGCAGCCGCAAGCCCCGGAAAGCUUUCCUGCAGACCAAGGGGGCCCGGGCAAACCACUUAGUGCCCGAAGCCCCCACCGUGCCCGCCCCCCACCCCCUGACCUACGAGGAGGACGAGGUGGCCGGCAGAGUGGGCAGCAACACGGGCAGCGGGCUGGGGGAGAGCUACAGCCCCCCAGCAGGGACUGCUUCCCCCCCGGAGGGGCCCCUGACUUACGAGGCCUAUGAGGGUGAGGAAGAAGAAGAGGAGCUGGUGUACCCUUCUGCCUAUGGGAUGAUGGCACAGGGAGGUGGGCCCCCGCUGUCCCCCGAGGAGCUGGGCUCAGAUGAGGAUGCCAUCGAUCCUGACCUAAUGGCCUACCUAAGCUCACUGCACCAGGACGCCCUGGCACCGGGCCUAGACGGCCAGGACAAGCUGGUGCGCAAACGCCGCUCCCAGAUGCCCCAGGAGUGUCCAGUCUGCCACAAGAUCAUCCAUGGGGCAGGGAAGCUGCCACGCCACAUGAGGACCCACACGGGGGAGAAGCCCUUCGCCUGUGAAGUGUGCGGUGUCCGCUUCACCCGGAAUGACAAGCUGAAGAUCCACAUGCGGAAGCACACGGGAGAGCGCCCCUACUCGUGCCCGCACUGCCCAGCCCGCUUCCUGCACAGCUAUGACCUCAAGAACCACAUGCACCUGCACACGGGGGACCGGCCCUAUGAGUGCCACCUGUGCCACAAGGCUUUCGCCAAGGAGGACCACCUGCAGCGCCACCUCAAGGGCCAGAACUGCCUGGAGGUGCGCACCCGGAGGCGCCGCAAGGACGAUGCGCCACCCCACUACCCUCCGCCCUCUGCCACCGCCCCCUCCCCUGCUGGCCUCGACCUCUCCAAUGGCCACUUGGACACCUUCCGCCUCUCUCUGGCUCGAUUCUGGGAGCAGUCAGCUCCGACUGGGCCCCCUGUCUCCACCCUGGGGCACCCUGAUGAGGAGGAAGAGGAGGGGGCACCCAGUACGCCUCAGGCUGAAGGGGCCAUGGAGUCCUCUUAAAGAGGGCAGAGCGGCCCGGCUGGAGCAGUGAGGCGCCCAUGCCAAGCAGUGGGAGCAUGCGGGACACACAGAGCUGUGGUCAGGGCGCUGGGCCUCCCUGGCCUCAGAAAUCCACCCCUUCCCCCCAGAGCCCUCAUUCCAGUUCCAAGCUGCGAAGGUUGUUGGGUCAGGCCCCCCAGAUUGGGGUGAUCUCCCUCCCGAGGAGUGAUACGGGAUAGUACAUAUUUACAGCUCUAUCGUCAAGGUGGGGUCCCUGUACCCGACUGCUCCUGGGGAGUAGAAGCAAUAAUGUAUUUCUGACUUGUGGUGUCCCUCUUCGGCUAUGCGGGUUUCAAGGGGUUGGGGGGUUCGGGACCAAAGCCUCACCCCGCCCCCACGCCCCCAGGGGUUUUGGCUGUGUCGGGGGUGAAGGGCCGCCCCUCCCUUCCCUUCCGAGACCCCCCUUCCUGGUUUCUGUUCUCUUUUCCUGGCAGUGAAUUAUGCAAAGGGGACCGGUGAAGGAAGGGUAGGUGGGGGAAGGCGAGGGAGAAGCUGGAAAGCCUGGGGGACUGGGCCCGCAGGAAGGAGCCCUCCUCGCCCCCCCCACCUCACCCCUCCCCACCCCCCGCCGGGCUCCGAGCGCUGAGUCACGGGGUCCUGACGGAGAGGGGGCGGGGUGGCCUGAGCGGCUCGCCCGCCCCUGGGGGCAGCGGGAGGGGCCCGCUCCGCUCGGCUCCCCGCCCUGUCCCUGCCCUCCCCUCCCGCGUCCCCGGGCAGGGAAUGUCUUGUUCCCGCCGCUCCCUCCCCGGGGCCAGAGGGCAGGGCGGGCCGGGUGGCUCCUGCCCUGCUCUCCUCCCUCCCAGGUGCGAGCCGCAGCCGCCGCCGGGCCGCCCCUGACUCACGCCGCCCCCGGGCUGGCGCGGCGCGGGCUGGGGGACGGGGUGAGGGGCGGAGGGCGGACGGGCGCCCCCUGGCGGCCACUCGGGCGAGCGGCGGGCGCCCCUCUGGGAAGCGCAGCCCAGGCCCGGCCCCCGACCGCCCCUUGGGUCCCGGAGAGGAAUCCGCCCCCCUCCCUUAGGACUGAGUACACCCCGGUUCUGUACAUAGCCUCUUCUGUCGGUCUUGUUGAAAUCUAGUUUCAGAUUUUUAACUACCCAAUUCUGCUGGGGUUGGGGGUAUCUGCCCCCCUCCCUCGCUGGGUGCUGCCCCCCCCCCCGUGGUGGCCUGGGCUCUGCCUUGCACUAUCCCCCUCCCCGGCCUGGCGGCCCCUCCCCCUCCUUAGCAGGGGCAGGCUAAGGGGCCCGGUGCUCUCCCUUCCUCCCAUGCACCCUCAUGCCCAUUUGCACAGCUGCCCAGGUGCCCCCAAUAGUGAGGGGGGCGUCACAGGGAGGGGGUAGCGGGACCAGUCCCUGUAUCUAUUUAAAAAGUGAUGAUGUAAUAUAUUGGGGUUGGGGGAGGUCCAGUUGCCCUGGGCCUCAUCUUAGCAUUUCAGGGGCUGGGGGAGCCUGGGGCUGGGGAGACCAGGGGCCUAGCCCCACAGAGUGAGGACAAUGUGACCUCCCCCUCUCCCCUUGCGGCUUCUCCACUCAGUGCCUUAGGGGGAGAGGCGAUUCCCCCCUCUCCUCUUCCCUCCUCUCCUCUGCCCCCACCUUGGGUGUAAGCGACAGGAAGAAAUAAUAAUAAUUUAAGAUUCACA